AUGAAUGUGCCAGCUCUUCGACAAAUGAUUGUGAAUUUUCCUGUACAAAUACUCCAGGAAGUUACAGAUGUUCUUGCCCAAAUGGAUACCUAUACUAUCGAGCCGGGGGUAUCACUGGAAGCAACCUCUCUAUUCCUAACGGGUAGAGGUUGUGUCAGUGGUUUAGGAGUUUUGUUGUUACUAUUUGUUGCAUGGCGGGCAUAUAAAAUCAUUAAGAGGUGGAAGAAAGACAUGCUCAAGGCUAUUUUCUUCAAACGAAACGGCGGUUUACUAUUGCAGCAACAAAUGUCAUCAGGCGACGAUGGCAACGUCGAGAAAACUAAACUCUUCACCUCAAAAGAGCUCGAGAAUGCCACAGAUCACUUCAAUGACAACCGAAUCUUAGGGCAAGGAGGUCAGGGGACUGUCUACAAGGGAAUGCUGACCGACGGGAACAUUGUAGCAGUUAAGAUGUCAAAAAUCAAAGACGAAAGUGAAAUAGAACAAUUCAUCAAUGAAGUUGUGAUUCUAUCACAAAUUAACCAUCGAAAUGUGGUUAAAUUACAUGGUUUUUGCUUGGAGACAGAAGUCCCUCUCCUCGUGUAUGAGUUCAUCCCUAACGGAACUCUAUAUGAUUACAUACAUGAUCAAAAUGAAUAUUUCCCUCUAACAUGGGAAGUUCGAUUAAGAAUUGCUACAGAAAUUGGUUUUCAUUCUUCAGCUGGAACACCAAUCUAUCAUUGGGAUAUCAAAUCCACAAACAUACUCUUAGACGAAAAAUUUAGAGCAAAAGUUGCGGAUUUCGGGACAUCAAGAACACAUGACGUUGAUCAAACUCAUCUCACCACAAAAGUACAAGGCACGUUUGGAUACUUAGAUCCGGAGUACUUUCAAUCAAGCCAGUUUACAGAAAAGAGUGAUGUUUACAGCUUCGGAGUGGUUCUGGUGGAGCUAUUAACAGGAGAAAAACCUAUUGCGUCAUUUAAGGUUGGGGAGACACGUAGUUUGGCAACGUAUUUUCUGUCGGCGAUGGAGGAGAAUCGUUUGUCUGAAAUCAUUGAUCCACGUGUGAAGAUAGAUGGUGAGGAAGGUGGUCAGAUUAGAAGAUUUGGUGAACUUGCGAAGAGAUGUUUGAAUUUGGAUGGGAGAAAACGACCGAGAAUGAAACAAGUAGGGAUAGAGUUGGAGCUCAUACGAACAUCAAACGUAGCACCUGUUGCUGCUGCAACUGAAGAAGUUGAAUAUGCUAAUAGCAUUGAAGAAGUUGGGGGUAUGGGACACAUUGAUCAUUGGCAUUGAAUCAGGUCCGAUUAGCAUCUCAUCUUCCUCAGAUUCCCAUCCUUUGCUGAUAUGACUGAAGCUGAUAAUGUUUUAUAAUGCAUUAUAUUAUAAUGUUACUAUUUUAGGAUACUAAAAAAUAAAAAUAAGAUUUUUUUCUCUUAA